AUGUCAUUUAUCGAUGUUUAUUUGAAUUAUUCUUGUUACAAUAGGUUAAAAGUUUAUUACGAAAGAAGCCAAUUGACUGGACUUGGUCGGGGAUACUUAGGUGAAUCUAUUGAUGUCUUAAAAAAGGGAGGAAUUAAUACAUCUCCCUAUUAUAAACUUUUUGAAGAAUUGGCAAGACUUUUUAGUGGAGAUGAUGCUUCCAUAAGAUAUGGUAUUAUUCCAAGUUGUAUUUAUAUUAACUACUUGUUAAAUAAAAAUAUGCGAGCAAAUUAUGGUUACCUAUAUAAUGAAGAAUCUUUUAAGAUCCUCAAAUUAUUUGACCAUAAUUAUUCAAUAAAAAAAUAUAAUAAUCUAAAAAAUUCAUGUGAAAGUUAUAUAAGAUUUCUAGACACGAAUGAAUAUAAGAGUAUGGAUGUCUUAUAUGAGUUAUAUUAUUUAUAUGAUCAACUUGUAUCAUCCAAUAUACAAAAUAACAUUGGUUUAUCUUGUGCUUACAUUAGUCUAUUAGCUCGUCAUUAUAGGAAUAUUUUGGAUAUUCCAAAUGUGUCUAAAUUUUUACUUAGUAAAUUAGAAUCACUUAAAGAAUUAAUUGUAGAAAGAGAAAAGAAUUUUAAAUUAAAAUGUUCAUUGACCUUACCACAGAUAACAUUACCAACCGAAGAUACCACGAAUUCUGUCGGACAUUACGGAAAGAAGAAUAAGAAUAAGAAGAAGGAUUACAUGGAGAAACACAACAUGUACAAUAUCCAAUAUUACCAGGAGCAAGGUUCACAGGACAAGAAGUUGAAAACCCAUAUAACAUGCUGCAGGGGUUUUCUCAUAGAAGGCCUGACAAAGUAG